GAAGGAGGAGGAGGUGAUUACUGCUGCAUCUUACCUCGAGGGUAAGGCAUCCAAAUGGCUAGAUGGUAUAAUAGCAAAGGUCGGGUUCGGACGACGCAUGGCAGAUUGGGCUAAAACCCGGACAUUAGAUGAGUUCAUAGAUAUGGUAGAAGCUCGCUGGCACAAUCCGCAACAGGCACAAAAUGCUACUGACGCGAUGCUUAGACUUGACCAGCGCAAGUACAAGUCAGUCAGAGAGCUUACGACUACCGUAGAGAAUCUCAUUGUCGUUCCGGUCUUGUUGACCAUGUUCGUGAGAUGUCUGCUCGAGAAUCUCAGAACCUUACUGGCCAGCGAGGCUCGCCUCGAGUAUCACACCUUUGAGACCUUCUCUAGAAAGGCCCUAGACUUAGAGGCUACUCUAGGAGGAGCUCAACCUACUCCAGUAGACGGGAGGAAGAACAAGAGUCCACAGGAGUGGAAGAAGAAGGGGGGUCGAUUGAUGAUGGUUGAGUCUGAUGGGACCCAAACCGAGAUCGAUGAGCUUUCUGACCUGAUGGACGGAUCCGAGUACGAGGGCGAGGAAUUUGUUGAGGGUAGCACCCUCGCCUCUCUUGUUAAGGUUAAGGCAGGUGGCCGAGGUAAGGGCCAUCAAAAGAGUCAAGCGCAGGCCGCCUCCAAUCAGUCCAAAGUUGCUGAUUGGGUCAAGGCAGGUCUUGAUCAGGAUGUGUGGCGGGACUGUAGAGUGCGUGGUGCUUGCAUUAACUGUGAUGCUUCUACUCAUGGUGAAGUGGGACAGAUACCCUCCCCACUUCAUGAGAUGGCCAUAGCUAAUGACUCUGUAGUCACCCUGCAGACUCGUCUAGACCAAACCAUGCUCUGUACGUUGGAUGUGUUUGAGGCCUUAGAAGAUUUAGAAAGUGAGUGGUCAAACAAGGACCCUCGGGAAUCUUGGGUGGCACUAAGUAGAGGUCCUAGAGGGGAACACUUCGCUGAGAAAGGGGAGGCCGUUAAAACACCCCCGGAGAUAGAGAACGUCGUUACUAAGUUCCCUGAUCUGUUUGCGGAGCCCACGGGAGUCGUAGAUAGGGAGAUUGUCCACGCCAUAGAAACAAUUCCAGGGAGUAAGACCCCAAGGGAAAGGAUCUAUAGGAUGGCUCCGGCCGAGUUGGACGAACUCCAACGACAACUGAAAGAGCUGACAGAAAGGGGUUGGAUACGGCCUAGUACUUCCCCCUUCGGAUCUCCAGUGUUGUUUGUACCGAAGAAGGGGGGAUCGUUGAGGAUGUGCAUUGAUGAUUACAGAGGCCUCAAUGCCAUCACAGUAAAGAAUGCAGAGCCUCUACCUCGCAUAGAUGACCCAUUGGAUGGGGUGCAAGGAUGUAAGCACUACCGCAAGAUAGAUCUAAAAUCCGGCUACCAUCAGAUUGCCAUAAGACCUGAGGAUCAACACAAAACCGCGUUUCAGACCAGGUAUGGUUUGUACGAGUUUGUGGUGAUGCCCUUUGGCCUUUGCAAUGCGCCGGGAACAUUCCAGCACGCCAUGAAUAGGAUCUUUCAUGACUACUUGGACAAGUUUGUUGUCGUGUACCUCGACGAUAUUCUUGUCUUCAGUAAGUCUGUCGAGGAGUAUGCACAUCAUUUAGAGACUAUUCUCUCACUCCUGCGGCAGCACAAGUAUAAGGUCAACUUAGAGAAAUGCGAAUUCGGGCGCACUAAGAUCUUGUACUUGGGUCAUGAAGUAUCCACGACAAGGAUUAGGCCGGAAGAUGCGAAGGUGGCUAGUAUAAGGGACUGGCCACGACCUCAGACAAUGAAUGCUGAAGACAAGGCCACAAAAGAUGAGUUUGUGAUGGUGGAUGGGUUAAUCUUUCUGGAAAAGGUUGGCAAUAAUAGAUUAGUAAUUCCCGCUAGGGAGAAUUUGCGCAGUUUGUUUUUAGGAGAAUGUCAUGAUGCAAUGGGACAUUUUGGCUACAAAAAGACAAGUGCUAAUCUGGUACAGCGAUUUUGGUGGCCCGGUAUGCUAGAGGAUGCAAAGAAGUAUGGGCAGACCUGCCAGGUCAGUCAGCGAGACAAGCCAAGAACUCGAGCACCGCUUGGGUUGCUGAAGCCCUUGGCCAUCCCCGCUAGACCAGGACAGAGUGUCUCCAUGGAUUUCAUGGACACCCUGGUCACCAGCAGGAGUGGCAAGAGGCAUAUCUUUGUUAUCAUAGACAGGUUUACCAAGUUCGCUACACUGAUUGCCAUGCCAAACACUGCGAGGACUGAGCACGUCAUCAAGCUGUUCAUGGACAACUGGGUGCGUGAUUUCGGAUUGCCAAAGUCAAUCGUUAGUGACAGAGAUGUCCGUUUUACAAGUGAGUUGUGGAAGAAGACUGCUGAGCAAUUAGGCAGUCAACUUCAGAUGUACAACAAGCCCAACCAGGAUGACUGGGAUGAGAAAUUGCCUCUCAUUGCCAGCUGGUACAACAACGUUGUACACAGCAGUACUGACGUCAGUCCUAACCAGUUGCACUUGGGAUGGAAGCCUAGAUCAGCGUUGGACUUCCUCCUGCCUGAAAACUGACCCUCCGCAACUCCGGGCACACUUGAGUAUGGUGUGCAGUAUGAGAAGUUGCUGCAGCAAGUUGUCGAGCACAUCAAGAAAUCUCAAGAAGCAAUGAUUGCUUCUGAGAACAAACAUCGUCGACAGUC